CGAACUGUCAAAACCGAAAAGCAUCACAAAUCGAGUGAAGCGACGGGGUUUGGUGCGCUUUGCUGCAUUUUCGGGAAAACAUUUAGGCUGGCAAAGAAAGAAGGAAAGAAAAAACCGCGUCCUUAGUGCCGCCAAAAGUGAGAAUCGAUAUUUAUUCGGAGCUUGUGUAUCGCCGCGUAAACCGAACUGUGUGCUGCCAAUCGUCAGCACAACGUGCUGAAAGUGCUGCUGUUACCGAGCGUCAAGUGGCUUGCUUCGGAUGCUUCAGCUUGAGCAAAUCCUGCGCCCCAUUAGAAGCCGCCAGCAUGAGUGAACCCGCAGCGCUGGGUGCAAUAAAGCAAGACCCGGAAGAUGUUUCCACCAAGACGGAUGAAGCCACGUUUACGACCCUGACCGAGGAAGGCUUCCCGGUGGGCCCGUCGCUCAAAUCACCCACCCCGGCGGAAGACACCACCACCAUCCUGAGUGAUGACGAGACGAAAACGCUGACCACACUGGAACCGGCCAGGAAGCCGUCGGGCGGAGUUGCAAAGAAGAGCUUUCCCGGUGCUGCUGGCGCCACCGCUGUCUCACAGAAACUUUCCAAUGAACCUCCCAAGAACGAUCUCAGCACGCCGGUGAAAAGUAAAACAAGCUCUAGCGCUACAGAGCAACCAUCGGCGGACAGUUUAAUACAGAAGAUGCGCAGCAAGCUGAGCAAGCACAUCGAGCUGAAGUCAAUCAAUCCCGCGAAACCCGCCAAACCCGCCAGCCCCGCACCGUUGGACAUGAGCGGGGCGAUCGAGAUACCGCAGGACAUGAUACUGAGCAACGACAUACCGCAAACGCCUAUCGCGGCAUCGGAUGCGAAGGAAAGUCGGCUGGACGAUCACGACCUGAUCGCCAUACUGGAGGGCAACAUGGUGGAGAUUCGGGAAAAUGCUUCCGAAAUUGAAGUGUGCGACGUGGGCGCUUCGCUCGAGAUCGUGUCGUUUUCGAUCAUCGAUCCGGACCAGCUGCAGCAGGAGAAAAAGGAGCGCGAGAUGGAAAUUGCCCGCCGGCAGAUGGAAAGCCUGCCGCUGCUGCCGAAGGUGCGAAAGCCGCGCACGAAAACGGUACCGAAGAGAAGCCCCACCGUCUCGCCGGCGGCCAGCCAGGGGGUGCCUGUCGAGGCGAACGUAACGCCACCGCCACCGGUGGUGAAGGAACCGGUCGGGGUGACCAUCAAGGGGCAGACGACAAUACGACCGGUGGUAAAGAUUCCGAGCGGUGCGAUCAAGAAGGAAGAAACAGCGCCAUUGGAAACGGCGGAAACGAUCAAAGCGAGGAUAAGCAAAAAUCUAAAGGAAAAGCUAAUGAAGGAAAUGAAGUUGCCUGUGCAAACGGUGGAAAAGCCGUUGUCGAAGGUGGAACCUGUGACGGUGAGUCCGCAGACAAAGUCGGAGCUGGUCGAUUCGCUCGUUUCCGACUGGGAUGAUGAUCCGCCAGUUCAGCAGCAGGAUGGGGUAGAUGAUCCGCAAGAGACGGAAAAGAAACCCGUGCUAGCACCUAGCAACGAUGAAGCAAAGGUUCCCCAGCAACAGCAGCAGCCAAAGUCGCAGCCGACUCAGUUUGUUGCGCCUCCACCGAUCGCGGAACCGAAGCGCGUGAUAAAGCGAAAAAUCAUCUGGGAUCCGUCGGACGCAAGCAUCCCGUUUGCAAGCUUAGUCAAAUCGAACCGUGCCCAGUCGGCCGGUACUACUAACACCGAGCUAUCCCCGCUGCGGCGCAAGCGGGCCGAUUCCGUGGCCGUGCGCAUGAUAGACAACGCGCCCCACUUCAGUACGGUGGCACCGGUACGGCCGCGAGCCAAGACGCCCGAUCUGGGACAGGCGAUUGAGCGGAGCGCCCUCGCAGCUAAGCCGGACGAGCUGGCGAACGACGCGAAAGCAAAGAAGCGCAAGAAGAAUGAAAUCGAGCGCUUGCUGGGCGACGAAGGCGCCAUCAACAUGCUGUACGACGUGGAGUGUGAAGCGACGCGGAAAGAUCUGCUGAAGGAGACGGAGGUGGACACGAGCGACGAGGACGAGAAGCUGCUUGCAAAGACGAAAAUCAUAACCGACGCCGUGAUCAAUCAGGGCAAAUCACCAAACGAAUCGCCUACCUCGCAGGGUUUGCGCGUCCGGGCCAAGCGCGGGACGACACCAUCGAAUCAGUCCGGGUCGACAGCAACCAGUCCCGGUUCCGCGGGCACCGCCCAACAAACCUCCAAAGCAUCCGUUCCAUCGGCUACCUCAUCGGCGUCCGGCGCUGGCGGUAACCAGCCGUCAAAAAAGCCGGCCAAUGGCAAAGCGACCACCACCAUCCCGGCGAUAACGGGAGCCCGCAAGCGCAAGAUGACGGCAUCGGCCGCCAAGGAAUGGGAGUACGUGUACAAUGCGCCGCGCAGUGAUGACGCGAUGAUCAUACGGCGGCGCUCGAACAGUUCCUACUCGAGCGGCGGGGCCAGUCCGCGCCGGUUAAGCUUCGACCAGCCGAACGAAUCCGGGUCCGGGUUCGGGUCGGAGAGCUCUACCCUCUCCCAGAACGGAACGAACAAUAACAAAUCGUCCUCCCCCGGGCAGCAGCAGCAGGAUGCGUUCCUGAAGCCACCGAACAAGAAGGAACCAAAGCUACCGGUCACGAAACCACCGGGAGGUGCCGGCGGGUCGACCGGCUCGGAGGACAUCAAGUUUAAUCCGUCGCUGGUGGCGAACAUGCGGGGGAAGCUUAGCAAGGUACUGAAAGGCAUGAAGGGUGCCCCGCUGGCAACGAGCACACCGGGACAGGAUGUGCCGGCCCAGGCAAACAAGCAGGCGGCCAAGCGUAAGGCGCCGACAAGCUCGGUCGAUGUGGUCGAUUCUGCGGUGAGUGCCGCGGUAGGUGAUGUAGUAUCACCGCCGGGUGGUGGUGGAUCCUUCCAGGAUGCGGCGGUACAAAAGCAGCUCGAUCAGCUGAAGCAGAUGACGUGCGUGAAGCAAGGCAACUAUGCGGAGAUUGUGAUGAAAUCGCGAAGCGUUACCAGUGGUGACGGAUCCAAGGGUCCUUUGGAGAAUGUGUUUUCGCAAGAGCUGAUGAAUGAGCUUCACACGACGUUCCUUGCUCUUCAGAAAGAUGUAUCCGUGCGUGCGGUUCUGUUACGAUCGGGCGGUGCACACUUUAGCCGCGGCUUGGACGUCGCCCACCUGGUACAGCCGGUAGAGAAAAGGAAAGCAGCGGCCGAGGAAAUGAGUACAUGCUUGAUGAAGUUCCUGAAGAUGCUCGUCGCCUUCCCGAAGCCGAUCGUAGCAGCCGUGCAGGGCGAUGUGCUCGGUAUGGGUGUCACGAUACUGCCCCUGUUCGACGUAGUGAUUGCCCAGCUCGGCAGCAGCUUCGUCGCACCGUACGGCCACUUUGGCUACCUGCCCGAAGCGCUCGGUGCGUUCAGCAGUGGCGUUCGAUCUCUCAAAGCGAAAACGACAACGGAUCUGUUUCUGCAAGGCAAACGGUUAACGGCAGCAGCGGCACUGGAUUACGGGCUCGUGACGGAAACGGUCCCAGCGGAGCGGUUUGAAGAGCGAGCACGCACGGUCGCCAAAUCGGUCGCCUCCCAAUCCAUCCAGGCAAUGCUAUCCAUCAAGCAGCAUCUCCGGCGAGAGCUAGUGACCAAGAUGGAGUCGGCCCUGUUGUUGGAGCAGAAGAAGCACGCCCAGCAGUGGACCACGCCGGAGUGUCAGGCCAAGUUUAAGCUGUUCGUCAGCAAGGGUGGAGAGCUUUAAACUGCUGGACCGCCGCCUGCUGCGUUUUAAGGUUGUAGAUUUACACAUUUGAGCAAAAGCGACGUAAGCUCCCGCUCUCGCGUACACCAAUUGUAGCUGUACAGUAAUACGGACGUCACACGAGGCGUAAACUGAAAAAGUUUACGCUUGAUUUGUAUGGGCGAGCGUAAACUUCCUGUCAAAAGAUUAUAGGGUUGUAUGGCUGAAAUUCAGUUUACGCCAAAGUUUACGCUUCGUGUGACGUCCGUAUAAGGUUGUUGCAAUAUCUGCGAUGCGACAAUAAUGGUCGCUUCCGGCGUUUCAUUUAGAUUUAGUUUACCAAUGCCCACCCCCACCCCUCCUUCUCCCUUUUAUACCCACGUUGUUAUCGAUGUGUUGUUUUUUCUCCUUCCCCCCAUUAUCAUCAUGCGGAAGCUUUUUUAUUAACUAUACUACUAUACUUUAUUCAGUUUUCAACACAUUUCAACGCUUCCCGUGUGCCUUUCCGUCUCAAUACGCUUCUCUUUUUCCUUGUUUUAUUUUGUUAUUUUUAUACAAUCGAUCGAUGCUGCUUCCUAUUGGAUUCGCUGGAAUCCCUUUAUACAUUUCAACUCCGUGCACACGGCGUUACAAUUUUUGUAUCUUUAUUAUACGUUAUCUUAGUUUUUGAAGGCUAAUAACCAGUAGGAAGGUUUUACAGGCGAGCAAAGGGAAAGUGCGUGCAAAUUAGUGUUGGUUUUGGAGGCAGGGGAAAAUAGAAAGGUUGUAUCCGUACGGUCAGUUUACAAAGGAAACUUGGAAAGGAGAGCAAAAUAUUAUUUUAAAUAUUUUUUUGUAAUUGUUUUUCUUUUUUUUUAUUUGAUUAUAGCGACAAAAAAUCGUUAAUUCUCUUUAAAGAAAAAGAAACAUAUUAAAUAUAACGAGAGAGAGAAAAAAACACCUUAAAUGAAACAUAUUUAGUAUCCAGAGGGAGAAAAAAAGCAAUGUUUAUUGGAGAAAAAUAAUUAAAAAUCAUUUAGUUGAUAACAAUUGAGCUUAGUUUUAGAAACAAACAGAUAUAAAAAAAAACCCCAAAACCAAGAGGAAAUAUAUUUUGAACUGAAUUCAUCUUUCAUCUUAA